GCCGCCCGGGCCCGGCGAGGGACCCGCCGGCUAGCAACGGGGCUGGAUCCCGCCCCGGCCCAUGAUGCACCGGGGCUGCGGCGCGGGACGGCGGGGGGCCGAGUUCUGGCCUAGUCGCCGCUGAGCGGGUGCUGCCGAUGCUGGCUGCGCUGGGCCGGGCGCGCAUGGGGGGCUGGCUGCGGCGGGCUCCGGGCUCGCUGCGCGGCCUGCGGCACCUCGCCCUAGGUUCGCCGGCCUCCGCAGGCAAGGGGUAUCAACUGCCCCACACUGACCUGACAGUGACUCCAGAGGAGCAUGAGGAUGAAGAGAGGUAUUACCAGCUGUACCCAGGGCACAUCCCCACCAGCCCUCUGCAGAAAGCACUGCUGUCUGCUGGCUCAGCAUUUAUGGCUCUCUACAACCCCUACCGGCAUGAUAUGGUGGCAGUCCUUGGUGAGACAACUGGCUCUUCGGCCCUGCGGAGCCUGAGGGAUAAAAUGAGGCACGACCCUGAAGGUUAUCAGAUCCUACAAGAGCGGCCUCGGAUCCGGCUCUCCACCCUGGACGUGACUGGGCUCCGGGGUCUGUCGGAUGGAACGUUUGGCCGAGAAUAUGUCCGGUUUUUGGACAGUAAUAGGGUUUCUCCGGACACCAGGAUGCCGGUCAAGUUUGUUGAUGAUGAGGAGCUGGCCUAUGUGAUCCAGCGGUACCGUGAAGUCCAUGACCUGAUGCAUACUCUCCUCGGCAUGCCCACCAACAUGCUUGGGGAGGUUGUGGUGAAGUGGUUCGAAGCCAUUCAGACUGGCCUGCCCAUGUGCAUUCUGGGAGCGGUGUUUGGCCCAGUUCGUCUCAAUGCCCGGAAGCUGCAGAUCCUGACCAUGGAGCUCAUUCCCUGGGCUGUUCAGAGUGGCCGCAAUGCCAGCUGUGUCCUGAAUUUCUACUACGAGAACCGCUGGGAGCAGACGGUGGAGUCUCUGAGGGAGGAGAUUGGAAUCUUACAUCCCCCUGCUAUUUGAGUGUGAAAGUCUGUGGGGGCCGGGGGGCAUACUGGGCUUCACACCGACGGGGUGGAGCCUCACUGGGCACCAUGCAUGAGGAGCAAUGACUAAACCCUUUGCAGGUUCGAGACUCCUCCUGGGAAUUCUCCUACAGCAGUGGAGGACAUCAGUCUGCCCAAAUGAGAUGCUGGGUUGCCAAGAAUAUAAGGGCUGCACCUAGGGCCAGAUUCAUUGCUGUUGUAAGCCGCUGCAGCUCUGCUGAUGUCAGUGAAUUUGCACUUUCUCACACCAAAGGUGAAUUUGAACCCUGUGGCUGUCUUAGUCUUCAGCGUAGAGAUAUGGCCCUUGGAGCUAAGUUCCACCAUGCAGUGUGCCAGCUAGAUCCCAAUAGAGGCUGGGCCAUGGAGUAUCCAUGCGCUGCGUUUCUUCACAAGACCCCAUGGUAGGGCCCCGUGGUCUGCAUUCAGUUAUCCUGUAAUACUGGAGCGGGGAAAAGGGGAAGCAGAGCUGGGUGAAAGUAGCUCUGGACCUAUCUAGUAACUUUUGGCUUCUGAUUGCUAUAACUUUCCCUAGCUGAAUACCUACCCCACUGGGGAGCUGUGAGACUUAAUUCCCAAGGGCAGCGCUUCUCAAGCUAUCUGAUGGGUGGGGGACUGGCAAUUUUUUUUCCCAAUAUGCGCGCAGACCGACCGCCGAUGGCUCGCAGACCGGCACCGGUCCGCGGACCACCACUUUGAGUAGCACUGCCCUCGGGGAUCAUUCUACCCCAGUUAAAGCCAGUUGAUUUACCAAACAGCGCCUGGACAGACUCAUUGCCUAUGACAAAGUGGCAGCUGAUCAGCACUAGUGCUCUGCUCUGCCCCCAGUUGAACCGGCUUGCACUGAUGGUAGAUGUAGGAAUGUAUUUCGUAUCUCUAGUACAGCUCGAUCGAUCAGUCGUAUACCUGCCUUGGCAGCUGGGAAGGAGUUAGGCUCUUGUUCAGUCACAGCGAAACCAAACCCCACUGAGUUGGGAGGGCACGUGUGCCACAGUGUGUCAAUUGCUGCAUACAAUUUAAAACAAAGUACACCACUGGCAUCCCCCUCGCUGACUGUCUCAGCAGACAGGCCAAGGAUUGAAUGGGCCACGGGCCCGGAGUUCCCCUCUCGUCCCCAAUUGUGUCCCUUCCAGUUUAUAAUAGAGGCACAGUGACAGGCUCGCCAGGGGGGAAGCACUUACCGACCCUGUCCAGUCUCUGCCUGCUCCAAGGAGAGAAGAUUUCGGUCCCCACUAAUUCCACAUGAUUUUAUCUUUGUUUUAAACAGUGAACUAGCUCUCUGUGCACUCCAGGGCCGUGAGGCUGUAUAUCUGCAGAACAGAGUGAGUGAGAAUGAGGUGAUGAAUCCCACAGGGAGUGGAACUCUCAGAUUCCACAUGCUGUUUGUGCUGGGUCAGUGUUUAUAAACUGAUUUCUGUGCGGUGUAACUAAGUUGGGUUCUAUACUUAUAAGGCAAAUAACAAAGCCCAGAUUGAAUAGUUCUUGUUGCUGGGCUGGGACGCACCAAAGCAGGAUGUAUUUUAAUGUGGCGUUUUGAGGCUGACGGUCCUUGUUCAUGAAUAAAAUCCCUGGUGACACUUGCAGAUUUGUCUCCCCCCAGCAUACAGAUCAGACGAUCUGACAUGUAACCUCAUCCUUUGGAGGGGUCUGUUCUUUGUACGUUUGCUGCAGCCAGAAACAGGUCACCAGUGUGUGUGUGUGCAACAUGUCCCCCAAGUGGAAUGCAGACACAAAGCAGGCUUUGUAUGUGCAUCUUCCAUAGUGGCUGUGCUGGCAGAAUUACCUGCUCUCUGAUAGGGCAGCAUUGGUGCAAUUGGGAGCCAGACCUUGUCGCCAGCAUACACACUGCAGACUGUUGAUAACCUGGGGUUUGGUCCUGGAUCAGCUCUUUUCAGCCAGUGUUCACAGCCAGUUGUUGGGAUUAAUCGCUUCUCCCUGCAUUUGUAGUACUUUGCCACAGGUGGGAUGGGACACAGUGCCUAUGGAGCACAGGGUGCCUUUGCAAACAUCAGUUUAAUCUUCACAACCCUCUGAGAGACGGAUCUUAUCAUCCCCAAUUUACCAGUGGGGAACUGUGUGACAAAGAGGACAAGUGACUUUGCUAAGGUCCCCCAGUGGAUUAGAAGCAGAGCCAGGGCUAGCACCUGGGAGUCUAGAUUUCCAGCCCCCAUGCCCUACCAAUUAGACCGCACUCCCUCCGCACAGAGCACACACCGUGCAGACAGCAUUUUGGCUUUCCACAAUGGGAUGCAAAGAGCUUCCAAAAACAUUGGAUGUGUCCCUCCAGCGACAGACCCAGCACAGCAUCCGCCUCCCCACACGUUCUCAGAGCACUGAGGUACGUGUACCUUCUGCACAGAGGACCAGUGCACUGUGGUCUAAGGCUUCCUGUUCUGUGAACGGUGUCUGGAAGCCACUGCAGGCGUUUGUGAGGUCUUGCUCACAGUCUCACGGUCUUUGCUGCAGUGCUCAGCUACCAGUGGUGAGAGCCAGACAGACUUGUCGAACUCCCUCCAGCGGCCUGGGGAGGCUCGUAAACACCUGCACCUGGCACUUGUCCCUUCUGAGGCCACAGUCUGUUCUCUUCAUGCUCCCUCUUGUGUAUUGCAACCUCCUCCUCUCAUCUCUGUCCCUCCAAAAUGCAUCCCGCUUUCCUGGAGCACUGCCCGAGCCUUCCUGCUACUUGAAUCAUGGCACUGACUGCAGCUCUGGCUCCCUUUUCCUUUUGGAAACUGGGCUGUCCCCGGACGCUGACUCAUGGUCAGGUGCUUCUCAGAGAGGCUGGAGGGGUCGGAAGGGGCAAGGGAAGACAACGCUUGCAGCGAGCUUGGCCUAGCCCAGCCUCUCACCCUCCCCACUUCUGUUCUCAUGCCAGGAAACAGCAGAGGGGCUGGUGGGUCUAUUCUGCAGAGGAAGUUAGAACAGGGGGAUGAGAAGAUGGCCCAGAGCCCAGAAUGUGCACGGACAGGCUGAGCAGGGAGUGCAACUCUCCUGUCCUGCUUGGGGAGCUGUGUGUGGGAGGGAAUGCACUUCAAAGAGUCAUUGGGGUGGGGGGAGCUAGACUGGAGGGGUCUGGCCGGGUACCUGUACCUUCCCACAGGGCCUGUGGGGGAAGUGUCAUCUCUUCAUCUACAGAGGACUCUGUAACUCCAGCCCUGCCUCUCCUCUUCCUCCACUCUUCACCCUCCUUCCAAACCUCUUCCCUUGAUCCCUCCCUUUGCGGUUUCACUCACUUCUAAAACUGUGUCAAAUGUCACACUGGAGCUGCCUCCCAAAUCAGUGGAAAGGCUGAGCCCGUCCCUGCUUCUGUGAAGUCCCCCAAAAGUGCUCCAGUUCUAAUGGCCAGGCCCCGAUCUGGGUCUCAACUGGUAUAAUCUUGUGGCCCUAGCCUUGAUCAUAAGCUCUAAAGUGAGAGCCCUGUUAUCCGCUUGGUACCUGUCAAGAGACAUGGUAAGUCCAUUUAUCACAUAGCUCUGCAUGGAUCUCACUGCCCUACAUGGAGGGUGUGUAUAUCUAUUAUCUCAUCUAUACAAACAAAACUGCAUUAACAGAGUUAGGGCUAUAUUUCUGAACUCCAUAGGAAAUCCUGAGCUUAAGGUUCUUUGUUAAAUGUUAUGACAUAACCACUGCAUCUUUCAUAAAUGACAGUUCAAUAAACUCACUUGUAAUCAAAGUACAUGUAGAAUCAGGAUUCUCCUUUCCUAUUGGUGUAAAUCAGGAGAAGCCCCAGAUAAGUUACAGUGUAAAACUGGUGUAAGUGAAAAGAGAAUUUGGCCUAAGGUCUGUCUCUAUCAAUGGGUUACCUUUUGAGGUGUCUGAAUUUUGACAGUAUUAAUCUAGAAGAACACAAAGAAAUGCUAUAAAACUGGUGCUGACUUUCAGGAAGGAGUCUGAUAGAUUGCCAGCUCUUUGGGACAGGGCCUGAUAUUUACCCUGUUUCUACAGCAGCAAGCACCAUAAGACCCUGAGCUGUUUGGUCUUUAGGUGCUACUGCAAUAUAAAAGUUCAAUCAUAAUAUUAAAUUUCACAUUUACAGCUGCCCCACAACUUUCACAAGAACUUAACCUGGGGCCCAUCAGUAAGUGGGAUGAGUUUGGAAAUAUUGAAUGUUUUUCUAUACAUCCAUGAAAAUAAAAGCCUAAUCCCGCUUC